AUGAUUCAGAUAAAUUGCACCCGGGUGACAGAAUUUAUUCUUGUGGGCCUCACCGAUCGUCAGGAGUUGAAGAUGCCCUUAUUUUUGGUGUUCUUAUCCAUCUACCUCUUCACAGUAGCCGGCAAUCUAGGUCUGAUCCUACUCAUUAGAACAGAUGCAAGACUCAACACACCAAUGUACUUCUUUCUCAGCAACCUGGCUUUUGUCGAUUUCUGUUACUCUUCUGUUAUUACUCCCAAAAUGCUUGGCAAUUUCUUGUAUAAACAAAACGUAAUCUCCUUCAAUGCGUGUGCCACUCAGUUAGGCUGUUUCCUGGCCUUCAUGACUGCUGAGUGCUUGCUACUGGCUUCCAUGGCCUAUGACCGAUACGUGGCCAUUUGUAACCCUCUCCUCUAUAUGGCUGUAAUGUCCCCGGGAAUCUGCAUUCAGCUGGUGGCUCUCCCCUAUGGCUAUAGCUUCCUGGUGGCGCUGUUUCAUACCAUCCUCACCUUCCGCCUCUCCUACUGCCACUCCAAUAUCAUCCGUCAUUUCUACUGCGAUGACAUGCCUCUCCUCAGGCUAACUUGCUCUGACACUCACUCCAAACAGCUCUGGAUCUUUGCCUGCGCUGGUAUCAUGUUCAUUUCUUCCCUUCUGACUGUCUUCAUCUCCUACAUGUACAUUAUUUCUGCUAUCCUGAGGAUGCACUCAGCAGAGGGCAGGCGCAAGGCUUUCUCCACAUGUGGUUCCCACAUGCUGGUGGUCACCAUAUUCUACGGGACCCUCAUCUUUAUGUACUUGCAGCCCAGCUCACACCAUUCCCUUGAAACAGACAAGGUGGCCUCUGUCUUCUACACUGUGGUCAUUCCCAUGUUGAACCCGUUAAUCUACAGCCUCAGGAACAAGGAGGUGAAAGAGGCCCUGAAGAAAGUCAUUAGCAAUGGAAACCUGGCUUUUGUGUUUGUAAAAUUGAGAAAGUGA